CUUAAAGACGACGAUCGACGAACACAACAAAACCAUACCAUGCGGGUACGGUAGACCGAAGUACCGGUACCACCAUUGUUCUAUGGCCUUCAAAGCCCAGCACCGAAUCCUCCAAACAUACCGACUGUGGCAAACGAAGGAAAUAGUAAAGACAAGGAGAGAAACGACGGCUCGCAAUCCACACGAACACAACGACGGAUUCCUCGCCGCUGAAUAGAAUAGAAUACAACAUACCGUACUACUCGGUGAAAAUUUCGCAACUAUGUCGAACGAUGGUGUACAGGCACCCCGCCCGAGGCGGAUAUCCAGAAACAGCAGCCGGAGCCGCAGCGAUGGGUCUAUGGAACAGCAAGCACCACGGAUAGGACUCGGUGCACGCAUCUCGCAAAACAUCGAGAUGGCCAAGAAAGGGUAAGUUUGUUAAUUUUUUUCGUUUCGUCGGUGCACCAAAGCUCUUGGAAUGCUGCAAAAGCGGCGAAUCGAAUCGAAUCGAAUCAUAUAGGCGCCGUUGCGUGUUUGUCGGGAAUUGAUCUGCUAGUACGGAUAUGAGUGCAAUGAGAAACAAGAGGAUGCAUUGUGGCAUUGUUCCAGUCUUGAAGAAAAAGACAAAACACAGAGCUCAAAUUUUCGAUUUCCUUUCCGACCGAAACUCCGUUUUGCAAACUGCUCCAUCCGUAACUUUUUGCCUUGCAACGCAUCAGAUACGAGCAAUUGGUCCACGCCAUCAUUCGGCCACCCCGGGCCAAGUACAAUAUGGAUCAGCUGGGACCACCGGAUUUUACCUUCUUAGGGCAGCGAUAUCGGAGGGACGACGUCGAGCUCUUGUCGUCGAACGUGGCCACAAACGAACCCGUGGAGGGAGAAAAGACCAACGCGGAGGGAGGAGCGACUCCCACGUGUUCCUUUCUAAAGAUGCAGGCCUCGAUCUGGACGAGGGUUGGUGAACAAGGCGAUCCCGAUCCCUACAGCUCCUGCAACCACCGGGGGACGCAGGCCAGCGGAGAAAACGGCGAAGAGGACGAACCGUCGGAGAGCGAUGGCCCGUCUCCCGGAAAGAAGCGCACGAUGGUCGUCUACCUUCACGGAAAUGCUAGCGCCCGAGUUGAGGUCGUCCCCAACCUCUCUUUUUUGCUUGGACAGGUUGGGGUAUUUGGCGUCGUGGGGGUGGAUUUUACGGGCAGCGGAAAAUCCGACGGCGACUACGUCAGCCUGGGGUACUACGAACGGGUCGACCUGGAGUGCCUCAUUCAGUACCUAAAGAGUGUGUACGGAGGCCCCGACGGGGACGACCUUGAACUAAUUCUAUGGGGGUGAGUAGUAGAAAGUGCUUUCGUGCUUGAUGGACCAAUGGAUCGUGGGAAUGCGUGUGAUUCGCUGCGUGUGGAUUGAUUUUGGGCGAUAUCGUGCAGUUGCGCUUGUUUACCUGCCAUUCUUGGUGGCAAUUUGGUCACAGACAACGUCCCUAACAAAGAGAUUAAACUUUCAACUUUUUUCUUGUUUUUCAAAAAAAUAAUAGUCGAUCCAUGGGAGCUUCGACUGCAUUGAUGCAUGCCGGGAAGAAAUCAUUUACCGCCACAAAACACAGUAGGAACCACAGCAACAGAGACAACAGCGACAGCACUGACGAUGAGGAGGACAUCGUGCACGAUUUAAGAAAAAAGAGCAGCUCUGGCUCCAUGGAGGACGACAUCGUCACAAAUAGUGCGCAGCCCAGCAAGAACAACAAUUCCAUACUAAAGGGGCUCAUCUGUGAUUCACCCUUUGCCAGCCUACUCCACUUAUGCGAGGAACUCGUUGAGCGGGCCCGGGCCCAGGGAGUUGUAGUUCCCGGUGUGGUCAUUUCCGUCGCUAUUGCCAUGAUUGCCAGGUCCGUCCGCAACCUGGCUGGAUUUAACAUACGGGAAAUCACCCCUAUUGAAGAUGUCCCCAACAUUGAUGUUCCGGCCCUCUUUGUGGUGGGAGCCGACGACGACUUCAUCACGCCCCAGCACUCGGAGCGGUUGGUCGAAUCCUACAAGCAGGGCGUCACAACGAAUCUCUUUAUGGUGCCUGGUGGCCACAAUGAUGCCCGGCCGCCUAUUGUAUUUGAGGGCAUUCUCGAGUUUUGCAGACAGCGGCUGUCGCUAGGAGAAAGCCCAGCCCCGGAGGUUCCACCCCAGAUGCUGAGCAGCAUCCAUCAGAACCCUCCCUGGGCCUACCACCGCACCGUUCACUUCCAGGCGCACAGCACGCGCGAACACAACAACACGCAGUUCCAUCGAACGAACGGAAACGCCGCCCAAGACGCCGCGGAACACCUUGGGAUGACUCAGGAACGCCAGGACGACAUCCAGAACAAGAUUGGUCUCAUGAUGGGUGGACAGGGCGACGUUGAGAAGCUCCGUUAUUCCAGCGACGAAGAAAAUGCCUGAGCCAAGCCAUGCUGUGUUCGGCGGUACAAUACUUCAAGAGCUCUCAAUAUAGUGCUGCUUGCAUGCAUGGACGAUACCGGUACUGUUCUGUGAAAGAUAUGGCGUGAAUCGACGUGCCAAUAAAUUCCUCAAUAUCUCCGCCCACGAUUCCGAGUUGCAUUACUAUCUCGACGUUGUCAGUAAAUAUCGACUCUAAAAUAGAAUAAACGCUCUAAU